UUGAGGUAAUUUCUAUCCCUUCCGGUCAUCUUCAGCUUACAUGCUAGUUAAGAAAAUCAUUAGGCAUGAUGAGACGAAGCGGAGCAGCCUGGCCCCGACACCAUUGGCGGUGGUCGGCGGCGGCUCUGUCCCUAACUCCGGCGGCCCUUUCCGGCCACCUCCGGGGGUCAAAAAUAUGGUUUCUGUACAUUUUCAGAUUCUAUAUUUCAAUACGAUCAUUUUGAUAUAUUAUACGCAAUUUUUGGAUAUCAUAUGAUUAAGUUAUGAAUUUUUACGUUUCGAUCGAUUUCGAUCGUUUGAUUCAUGAUAUGUGAAGUUAGGACCGUCAGAUGGACUUGUAGUUUUGAUAUGAUGAUCUUAUGACUGUCCCAGCGGCUUUGUGUGGUCAUGGGCGAAGAUCCGACCGUUGGAUCUUCGUAUAAAUGCAAAACAGUGAUUAGGAAGGCGAUCCGUGAGGAUCCGACCGUUGGAUCAUCAUUUAAUUUCAAUCCGACCGUUGGAUUGUCGUUUGAUUAUGUUUUUGAGUUAUUGGCUAAGUUAAGGUCAUGUUUGAUUAGGUGAUCGACAGUUUGAUUUGGUGGACGAUUCGUGAAAGUGUAUUUUGAGCUGUUAAGAAGACGCAGCGGGAAUUUAGAGCGGGAAAUCCUACAGGUCAGGAGAACCAGGACGGUGAUCGGGCUGCUUAGAGUAGUGUUAUGUGAAUUACAGCAUUAUAUUGUGAGGUUUGUUAUGCUCAUUUAGAGCUUUGCAAUUUUACUUUGUAAGAGUGAAUUGUAAUAAUUAACUCGAGGUUUUCGAGUUUUUGUGUUGAGUGGCGAGUGGUGUGUUUGUUUGUGAGAAAAAAAUUCAGAACGUUAUUUGUAUUAAUUGUUUAUUCAUGUUUCGGAUUUGAAUUGGUUAUUCAAAAUUCGGGGCGUGACAGUUUGGUAUCAGAGCGUAAGGUGCAUAUUUGGUGAUGUGUCAAUACUUUCCGAGUGAUGGCCCGUCUGCAGCGGAUCCCCAUCGUGUGCUCUUCGGUAUUGGCUAAGUCAUUGGGUAUGUGUGAGUGUUAGGAGUCGUUUAGGCCGCUAAGUAGUCUUAGGAACGUGAAUACUUUUCUUGUAGUAUCGACUUGGUUAAUAUGGACUAGUAUUGACUUAUACUAUGUUGAGUGUUAUACAUGUAUUAACCAAACAUACUAUGCUUCCUAGGUAAUGGAAAUUCCGAGGGGUGGGCCUAGACGUCGUGGUGGGGGUGUAAGAGAAGGUAGAACUGGUGAUAGGGACAGGUUCCGUCCCAUAGAGGAGCUUUAUGAUGAUGAUGUAGAGUCUUCUAUCGGUGUACAACCUACUCCGCCCAUGGGUGAAAUGGCUGACCCUGGUCGUCUGUUGAGAUUGGCUAGAGACAUUAAUCAUCUGGGAGCAGCCAAGUUUCAUGGAAGCAUGGAUUACAUGGUGGCUGAUCAAUGGGUCGAGGAUAUGGAGAAUUAUUUCGAGAUGAUGGACUGUAAUGAGAUCGAAAAGAGGAAGUUAGCCACUUUCAUGCUAAAGGGUGAGGCUAGGGUGUGGUGGAAUUGUAUGCAAAAGACCAUUGAUGUGACCACCUUGACUUGGGAUGGUUUUGUGAGACUAUUCCGAGAGAAGUACUUUCCAGCUUCAGUGAGAGAAAAAUUGGAACGGGAGUUCCUCUCACUAACACAAGGGAAGAUGACGGUGACAGAGUAUGAGGCAGAGUUCUCUAGGCUAUAUAGGUUUGUGAAAUCAAUGGAUGCUGAGGAUUUGGCCAAGAAGUUUCAGCGGGGGUUGAAUGCUUCCAUUGAGCGUGAUGUGGCCAUUUUGGAACUGAAGGUCAUGAAGGAAAUUCUAGCAAAGGCUCUGAUCAUUGAGCAACAGAACUUGAUUCAUAAGGAGAAGGAAACAGCUGAGAGGGAUUUUCAGGGAAAGGGAAAGGCAGUGGCAGGUAACAGUGGAUCCAGAGACUUUAGGGGUGGAUACUGGAAGAGACAAAAGACUCAGUUCCACCAUCAGGCCCCAGCUAGAGUAGCAGCAGCUCCUCUUCCUCCUAUUCGGGCCGUACCUGUCAGACAAGUUGCAGCUGCAGCGCCUGUGAGAUGUUAUAACUGCGAUGAGUUGGGUCAUCUCUCUAGGGCUUGCACUAAACCCAGGGCUAAGGGAUGCUUUCGUUGCGGACAGACUGGACACCUUGCCAAGGACUGUACUCGACCCCGUGUUGGAGGACAGGGUAAUCAGCAAAGGCUCUUACCUCCAGUACCAGCUAGAGUCUUUGCAAUCGGUCAGAGAGGCACUGGGGUGGAAGCGGGAAAUCCUACAGGUCAGGAGAACCAGGACGGUGAUCGGGCUGCUUAGAGUAGUGUUAUGUGAAUUACAGCAUUAUAUUGUGAGGUUUGUUAUGCUCAUUUAGAGCUUUGCAAUUUUACUUUGUAAGAGUGAAUUGUAAUAAUUAACUCGAGGUUUUCGAGUUUUUGUGUUGAGUGGCGAGUGGUGUGUUUGUUUGUGAGAAAAAAAUUCAGAACGUUAUUUGUAUUAAUUGUUUAUUCAUGUUUCGGAUUUGAAUUGGUUAUUCAAAAUUCGGGGCGUGA